UUUUUUUUUAAAAAAAAAGAGUAAAAUACCAUUGUUAAUCCUCUCUCUUUUUCAAGAAGAAAAAAAAAAAAAGAGCUCACUGUCUCUCAGUCCGUCUCCGUCUUUUUUCUCAUGUCUGUCGGUCUCAAGCUCGUCAGUCAGCCUUUACUCCUCUAUCAUCAUCACCAGGGUUUCCAUGAAUUCUCCUGCGUGAGCAUUCACAGGGUUUCCAGGCGAUAUUGGUUACACAAAUCAAACAACUCCUCGGUUAGUCUGCGCCGUUCGCCAAGACCCAGAGUCUGCUCAAUCAGCGGUGAUGAUACUGAUUAUGGUACAUCAAAUGCUUCGAACUGUGAAGGUUCCACGGAAAAGAAUGAAACUGGUCGGGGAGGACCACUCACAUUCAACGACAUAUUGAAGAGAUUAAAGAGAUAUGGGAUUUCAGGAAUAUUGUCCUAUGGUUUAUUGAAUACAACCUACUAUCUCACAACAUUUCUCAUAGUUUGGUUUCAUAUUGCUCCUGCACCCGGAAGGAUGGGCUAUCUCGCAGCUGUUGAAAGAUUCCUCAAAAUAAUGGCCAUGGUGUGGGCUGGAAGCCAAGUUACUAAACUUAUAAGAGCUGGCGGGGCGCUUGCUCUUGCACCAUUUGUUGACAGAGGAUUGUCAUGGUUCACUGACAAAUUUAAGUUUGAGUCUCAAGGGAAGGCUUUCAUGGUGAUCGUUGGAUUUUGUUUCGGACUGGCUAUCAUGCUAUUUUUAGGCGUGACAAUGCUUUGGGCCUAGAGAAAUAUCUCACUUAACUAAGUGGACGGAACUUAUUUUGGAAAAAAGAACACAUUAUACAAAGAUCAUGAAGUCAUUUGCUUACACUUAAAUUUCAAAAGGUUAGUGAAGCACCAAAAAAAACUCCCGAGCUUGUCUUUCCAUGAUCUUAAUUCAUGUCCAGCAUUUUAUUUCAUUUUUUUUUACAAAUCAAACUUUACUAAUGAUCCAAAAUAUGUAUGGUAGGAGUACACAGUAUGUAUUCAUGAGAAACACCCGGCAAAUAACAAAUUUCUCUGCUAUACCAUUGACAAUA